CAUCAUAUCACUGUCUUAUCUGCAAAUCGUUUAAACUUUAGAUGCUUCAUUCUCCAUGUAUUAGUGUAGAUAAAGUGAUUAUUAUAAUGUUUCAGUGGAUCAGGGCUAUUUGAAGCUUGCUGCUGGCACUCGGGAGUUUUCCAGAUGACUAGACGUGAUGGAAUGAGGAAAAUCUAGUGGAAAUCGAAGCAAAUAAACCUGUAAGGCAGAAAAUAACUGAACCCAAUGCCGUACCACCCCAUGAUUGAUGAUGAUGAUGGGUCCUCGUCUCCUGUAGGGCAUGGUUUCAAUGAUUGUAUCGGUCAUGCUAUGGAUGCUGAGGAAUUACGCUCUGCUUUGAAGGAUGUGGCUUCCUCGAGUAGAAAAACAACUGGGCAAUCUAGUUGCUGGACAUCUUCUGAGGAUGAGGCGGACGAAGAAGAUCGGAGUGGUAUGAGUUUUCAGGAACUUAGAAAAGCACACUAUGAUGUUUCUGAAGAUAAAGGAAUUGUGACGUAAAGGUUCUUUCCCUCGAGGACAAAGAUGAUGCUGUGGAGGGCGAUCCGUCGUCAUCAUUAAGCUCUAGUGUCAAAGACAUAGAAAUAGAAGCAAUCACUGCGACUGUGCCUCAAAAAUCUUCUGCAGGUUCAGCUAAUGGAUUGUAAAGUCACCGGAACAGGGUCCGAGACCUGUAAGCUGACCCUGUUGACAUCCUUUGAUGAUGUUUUGGUGCCAAGGAAAUUAUUGGCCAUGUAAUUUUUUCCAGUUUUUGACUUAGACUUGCAUACAAGUUCCCCUAACUUGGCAUGUU